AUGUCACCCAUCCUUCGUAAUAUCGUAGCUCUCCUUCCUUUCUCUUUCACCCUCGAUAUCAAUGAUCAGUCUCAAUCACCAGAGGCUGACAUGACUGUCGAUGCUGCCUUUGCGCGAUAUCGUCUCGCUAAACACUACUAUGGUAAAGAUUUCUUCGAUGGGUUCGACUGGAAGACUUUCGAUGACCCAACUCAUGGCCGAGUCAACUAUGUCUCCGAAGACGAAGCCAGACGAAGAAACCUUUCUUACGUCUCCGACCAUAAUACCUUUGUCACGAAAACCGACGCGCAUCGUCGAGUCGCACCUGGAGGCCGAGGACGAGACUCUGUUCGAAUCGAAUCGAAAGAUACUUUUGAUAACGGUAUCUACAUCUUGGACGUAGUCCAUAUGCCAACUGGCUGUGGUACAUGGCCGGCCUUCUGGACUUCUACCACCGGUCACUGGCCUGAAGGUGGCGAAAUCGACAUCAUCGAAGGUGUGAACGGUAAAGGUACCAAUCAAGGUACUCUUCACACCACUCCUGGCUGUACCAUGCCACAAAACAUGGAUGCUACUGGUCAACUCCUCAAAACAGACUGUGCUGUCCACGGUAAUGACAACCAAGGAUGUGGUGUCAAGGACAAACGACCUGAUUCCUUCGGUCCUGCUUUCAACAAGGAUCAGGGCGGUUGGUACGCCAUGCAACGAUCUACCUCGGGUAUCAAGAUGUGGUUCUGGCCACGAGACGGUCAAGUACCUUCAGACGUCAAGACUGGCCCAGCCAGUGUCGAUCCCUCUAAAUGGGGCAAACCAUUCGCCAAUUUCCCUUCGACUCAUUGCAACAUGAGACAACACUUUGGUAAGCACAGGAUCAUCCUGAAUAUUAGCUUGUGCGGUGACUGGGCUGGAGCCGUCUACAACCAACAAGGAUGUCCUGGAACAUGCGCGACACAUGUCGACAACGAUCCAGCCGCUUUCCGAGAGGCUUACUGGAAGAUCAGAGGAUUAAGGGUUUACGCUGAUAACGCUCGAGAAUUAGACCACGAAGGUGAUGAUUCUGAACUUGGGUAUGAAGGAGAAAAUGAUUAUUUUGUAGAUGAUGAGGUUGUAUACUUUGAUGAGUACUAG